AAUUGUUGAAUCAAAACACAAAACUUAUUUGUUUCUGUCAUCACAAACAAAUGAUGGACUCAAUCCAAGAAGUCUUGUGUCAAAAGCGUGUGAAUCACAUUCGUAUCGAUGGCCAAACUCUCCCUCACGACAGACAAGAGGCGUGCAAUGAAUUCCAAUCAGUCACUGACUGUAGAGUAGCGCUGCUAAGCAUCACCGCCUGCGCCACUGGACUCAAUCUGACGGCCGCUUCGGUUGUUGUGUUCGCCGAACUCUUCUGGAACCCGGGAGUGCUGUCACAGGCGGAAGAUCGUGUCCACCGAAUCGGUCAAACAAAAGAUGUGAAAAUUUAUUAUUUGACCGCAAAGAAUACAAUCGAUGACAUGAUAUGGCCAAUGAUUAGCAAGAAAUUAGAAGUUCUCAACAAAGCGGGUCUCAGUAAAGACACAUUCACUGAGGCGUCGACUGCAUUGAACGCAUUAGAG